GAAUCAUGCAGGGAAAUAGUAAUAUACAAUUUUUAGUUCUGCUUUUAAUUGCCACUUCAGUGUUGGGUAAAUUCAAGCUAAACCUACUCGAAAUGGUAAUGGAUAAGGCAGAAAGUAAUUUUAUUGCCUCGCCCCUUUGCAUUGAAAUUGGAAUGAGCAUGAUCUUAAUGGGAGCUAAAGGAACAACCGCCGAGGAGCUAAGAAGCAUUCUUGACCUACCAGUGGAUAUGACGGAAUUGGUUAAGAAAUACGAAAGGAUUAUGUCCAAUCUCCAACAACAUAAUGGUCUUCAUUUUGCAAAUCGGCUUUAUGUCAGUGAGACAUAUGAAGUAAGACAGGAUUACAACGCGUUAUUGACGAGCACCUUCAUGAAAGUUGCUAACGACAACUUAGGUCAAAGGAAGGCAAGCAAUAGUAUCAGCUUUGCGGUCCAACGGAAGAGUCACAGGGGCAUGCGCACAAUUUCUAAUUAUCAUGACCUGCAAAUUAAUGAAAGUGCAGUGUUAGUUAACACCGUCUACUAUAGGGGUGCUUGGAAAACUAUGUUUAGUAAAAAGGGCACCAAACUAAAAGUAUUUUAUGGAGAUCAUAAUAGAGAAGCUUAUGUCAGGAUGAUGUCCCAUGUGGGCAGGUUUAGGAUUGCUGAUCACUCUUAUGGACAAAUUAUUGAGCUGCCGUUUGAUAACUCAAACCUGUCAAUGAUAAUCGGUCUGCCAUUGCAUAACACAUAUCUAAGCUCUAUAGAAAAAAUACUAAGAACACUCUCAGAGAGUCUAGUAGAAAAAGAUGUUCAUGUGGAGCUACCAAAGUUUAAAAUCAAAUAUCAAACGGAACUAGUUGAGCCCCUAAGAAAAUUGGGCAUACACCUUAUCUUCAGUAAUACCUCGGAUCUCAGCGGCCUUCUGACCAACGGUAAAGGUGCCAAAAUUAACAAUGUGCUACACAAAUCCUUUAUUGAGAUCGACGAAAGGGGAGCAUCGACAGGAGAAGCGGCAGAACACGUAGAGUAUAUCCAAAAAAAAACAGGAGCGUCGGCGUCUUUUAAAGUCAAUCGUCCUUUUGCCUUCUUGAUUCGCGACAAGCAUACCGUCUUCUUCCGCGGACGCGUCGUUCGACUGCCAAACGAAUUACAUCUUUAAGACAAUGUUGUGUUUUCUAGUCACUUGAAAAAACGAAGUUAAAAAAUAAAUAAAGACAUU